UCAGUGACUACAUAGCUGAAACCUUUCGAAGCUUUUUAGGGUUCCUAUAAAUACACAGCCCGCUAGUCCAGAGUAAGAAAUUCUCAGUCAAUAAGCGAAGCUGCAUCCAAUAAAAAUGUCUAACAAGCUUACACUCGCACUACUGCAGCUUCCUGUGGGCAAUGAUGUCGCCAUAAAUGUGCGUCGGGCGGCCGAUAGUAUAAGGCAGCUAAAGGUGGACAACUCGCAGCUGCAGCUGGCCAUUCUGCCGGAGAGUUUCAAUGCACCCUACGGGCAAGACCACUUUCCGAAAUUCGCCGAGAAGGUGCCAGAAGGUCCGACCUGCCAGGCGUUGUCGCAGCUGGCCAGCGAUCUAGGCAUCUAUAUAAUCGGCGGCAGCAUCGUGGAGCGCGAGGGCGACCAACUGUACAACACGUGCACCGUGUGGGCGCCCGAUGGAACCCUUAUAGGCAAGCAUCGCAAGAUUCACCUUUUCACCAUGAACAUUGAGCCCGCCAAUGCUGGAGGCGUGGCGUUCGAUGAAGCGGCUGUCCUGACGGCGGGAUCAGAGCUGACGGUUGUACAGAUUGGGCAGCAGAAGGUCGGCAUUGGUAUCUGCCACGACAAGCGCUUUGAGGAGCUGGCGAGGAUCUACCGGAACAUGGGUUGCACCAUGCUGGUCUACCCGUCCGCGUUCUGCAUCUGCCAGGGACCGAUGCAUUGGGAGCUUCUACAACGGGCCCGGGCUACCGACAACCAGCUUUUUGUGGUCACGUGCUCUCCUGCUCGCGACAACAUGUCGGGCUACGUGGCCUACGGACACUCGAUGGUCGUGAAUCCCUGGGCCCAGGUGCAGCGCGAGGCUGGCGAGGGAUGCGAGUUCAUUGUCGAGGAAAUCGAUUUUGACAUUGUCGAGCAAGUGCGCCGGCAAAUCCCCAUCUUCAAGCAGCGGCGCACUGAGGUCUACGCAAAGGCCAGAGUUGAUUUGUAAUGUUUGUCAACAAUUUAAACCACCAUAUUAAGCGAAUAAAGCAAUCAGGAAAACA